GAGAGCACCCCGCUGGCCCGGGGCGCCGUGACUAAGGCGCCCGGCGGCGUCUGCGCGGAGUCCGCGGCGCCCCAGCCGCUGCGGCCCCCUGUGGGGACCCUGGUGACCAAAGUGGCUCCCGUCAGUGCUCUUCCUAAACUCGGCGGCGCCCCCAGGCUGCCCGCUCCCCCGAUCGUCACCGUGAAAGCCCCCAACACCGCGACGAUCCAGCUGCCCGCUAAUCUGCAGCUUCCUCCAGGAACAGUUUUGAUCAAAAGUAACACCGGUCAGUUGAUGUUGGUAUCUCCUCAGCAAGGGGUGACGAGAGCAGAGACUGCAAGUACCAUAACUUCCAGGCCAGCAGUACCGGUGAACACACAAACUGUCAAAAUCUGCACAAUGACGAAUUCUAGCUCACAGUUAAUCAAGAAAGUGGCGGUGGCACCUGUUAAAACAUUGGCACAAAUAGGAACUACUGUGGCAACCACUGUUCCAAACUCUUCCUCAGUGCAAUCUAUAUCUGUGCCAGCCAAUGUUGUCACGGUUACUCCUGUAAAGCCAGUGAAUACUGUAACUACCUUGAAGCCUUCAGAUUUGGGAGCAGCCUCUGUACCCUCAAAUGAGCCCAGUUCUAAAGCAGAGAACUCAGCAGCUGCUCAGGCUGAUCUUUCUCCAGCAGUGCUAGAAAAUGUGAAGAAAUGUAAAAACUUCCUUGCCAUGUUAAUAAAACUAGCAUGUAGUGGGUCACAGUCUCCUGAGAUGGGGCAGAAUGUGAAGAAGCUGGUGGAACAACUUUUGGAUGCAAGAAUUGAAGCAGAAGAAUUUACUAAGAAACUGUAUAUUGAGCUUAAGUCGUCACCUCAGCCUCACCUCGUUCCUUUCCUUAAGAAAAGUGUGAUUGCCUUACGACAACUUCUGCCUAACGCCCAGAGCUUCAUUCAGCAGUGUGUUCAGGAGACUUCCAGCAAGGUCGCCCUUGCCACCUGUACAACAGCAGUCACAGCUUCUCCUGUGGUGACAGCUGCAGUGUCCUCAGCCCAAACUGAAAAGCCCACCAUCAUUUCUGCAGCAGCCGUGCCCACGCCUGUGUCUGUGCAAGCUCUGAAUCCACUCGCUGGUCCAGCAGGGGCGAACACUGGCAUUGUGACCCUGCAUUCUGUGGGCCCGGCUGCUGUGCCAGGCGGAGCAACAGCUGGAACUGUUUUGCUGCAGACCUCGAAACCACUUGUGACCUCAGUACCGAAUGCAGUGACAACGGUCUCCCUUCGGCCUGAGAAACCGGUCAUCUCCGGAGCAGCAGUCACACUGGCUCUGCCGUCAGUCACUUUUGGAGACAAGCCGGCUGCAGCGCUUUGUCUUCCACCUGUGAAACCUGCUGCCGCUUCUGCUGGGGCCACCCUGGACAGGCCUGUCAUCGGCGCGCCCGUCCAAAUCAAACUCGCCCAGCCGGGCGCCCUCCUUGCACAGCCAGCUGGGGUUCCGCCAACUGUCAAAGUCAAGCAACUAGUAGUCCAGCAGCCAUCAGGAGGCGUUGGAAACCAGGGGACCACAAUUUCCCAUUCCUCAGCAGUGACCAUUCAGAAAUCUACACAGAAGGUUCCAAUGAACACUGUAAUACCGACUACUUCCAUUCUAAAGCAAAUUACUCUGCCUGGAAAUAAAAUUUUGUCGCUUCAAGCAUCUACUACUAUUCAGAAAAAUAAAAUACAAGAGAAUGGAACAACAUGUUUCAGAGAAGAAGAUGACAUCAAUGAUGUGACUUCCAUGGCAGGAGUCAACCUCAGUGAAGAGAAUGCCUGCAUCUUAUCAGCAAACUCUGAAUUGGUUGGCACACUCAUUCAGUCCUGUAAAGAUGAGCCGUUUCUUUUUAUUGGCGCUCUACAUAAGAGAAUCUUAGACAUUGGUAAAAGGCAUGACAUUACGGAAUUUAACUCUGAUGCUGUGAACUUGAUCUCCCAUGCAACACAAGAGAGAUUACGAGGCCUUCUAGAAAAACUGACUACAAUUGCUCAGCAUCGAAUGACUACUUACAAGGCAAGUGAAAAUUACAUCCUGUCUAGUGAUACUAAGUCACAGCUCAAAUUUCUUGAAAAGCUGGAUCAACUGGAGAAGCAGAGGAAGGAUUUAGAAGAAAGAGAAAUGUUACUUAAGGCAGCCAAGAGUCGUUCUAAUAAAGAAGAUCCAGAACAGCUGAGAUUAAAGCAGAAAGCCAAAGAGUUGCAGCAGUUGGAGCUCGCCCAGAUACAGUACAGAGAUGCUAAUCUCACAGCCCUUGCAGCUAUUGGACCAAGGAGGAAGAGACCACUGGAAUCUGGAAGUGAGGGCUCAAGAGACAAUCUUGCUUGUGGGACAUCCAGCCUGACAGCCACCAAACAGUUGCUCCGUCCAAGAAUCACGAGAAUCUGCCUCAGGGACUUGAUAUUCUGUAUGGAACAGGAAAGGGAGAUGAAGUACUCUCGAGCUCUGUACCUUGCCCUUCUGAAGUGACCGCUCCACUCACCGUCCAGAUCCUUGUUGUUUACUGCCAAAGAAGACCAAAAGAGGAUUGUUGCACUGUCCUGAAAACUCCGUUUCUGGAGAACAGUUACCAACAUGAAAGACCAUUGUUUACUGUUAAUAAGCUUUUAUGAAAUCUUACUGUACAUCUCGUGGGGUUCUUACAGACUAGAACUCAGCCUUGUCUUCUGAAAAUUAGUUAUGAAGUACACUUUACACAGAAAUAGCAGUUGCUACCUCUGUGCUUAAUUACAGCAGGCUAAGGCUCCACUUGUUACAUCCUGCUUCCUUUGCCUGACUGUAACAAGGAGUCGUCUCCCCUGAUAACAGCCUGUGUGUAGACACUGAGGAGGGGAAGUCACCACUUACCAAGAAGAAUGUGUUUCCUCCUCAACUGAGCCUGUCUCAGAACGUUAGGUUUCCUGUGCUGGAAUCACAAGUCGCUUAGUUAACCGGAACUGUCACCUUGGGUAGUUCAAGGUGACAGACCACUGUGGUGACCUGGCUGGGUUGAGCCCCAGGGUUGUCAGAAUGACACUGGUGGGGACAGGCUGUGCCUGAAGUUGCCAGUUCCUUGGCCUCUCUCACCACGUGCUGCUUCUGAUACCACGUGAGAGGACAUCCUUGUCAGGGAAGCCUUCAAAUUGAAGCUGCUGCUGAUACACCUUGUUGGUAAUGGAAAAGGGAGACAGUGCCGGAAGGAGUAGUGAGACACCGAGUUUAAACUGAGCAGGGAAAGAUGAAAAUGGAAUCAUACAACAGGAAAGGCCGCCCAUGCCCGAAGAGGAAGGGGUGCGCUUUGCUGAUGGAAAAAUAUAUCAUAGCCUGUCCAAAAAAGGAAAGCAUAUCAGACAUUUUUGAAUUCCAGUGCUAUUUGAAAAGGAAGUUAAUUUUUUUGCUUUGUAUUGUUUUAAAUUCCGAGAAGGAUGGUUUGGGCAAUUCCUUCUCCUUUAAAAAAUUUCAGUUACCUUAAAUUUUUAAGCAUCUUGGUACAUUUAAAAAAUCCUAAUUGGUGAUUAGAAAUUUUAAGCAAUAGGAGUCCCCUUUGGAUUCUGUACUUAAAAGGUAACUGUCCGAUUGGGAGCCUGGGGUUCUUGGCUCCAAACAUGAGAAGUACGUGCUGUGGCUGAGAUAGAGAUCCUCUGAGGAAGAUGGUGAUGUGCAAAGCAAGCCUUCUAUUUUUUUUUUUUAAAUUCUACCUGUGUGGAUUAUAACUGACAAAAAAUAAUAGUUGUUAAAAUUGCAUACACAAAAAAUGUUUGAAUCCUCCAAGAAGGUUUUAAAAAUGGGAAAAGCUGUGCUGCUUAGAAAAAGAAUUCAGGGGAACAAAGACCUCAAGUCUGUUACUCUUCGUAUUGUUCUUCCCAUUGGGACUGUUAUGGCCACAUACUAUAGUAGGAUUUAAAUCAGCCACGUUGUUUGUUUCAGCAAGUUAUAUAAAAUGCUAUAAAUUAUGUAUAUGUUAAAAGAGUACUUUAAGAAGAGAUCUAUACCCAAAGUUGUUUUGUAUAUUUAAAUGCUUAGCUUUAUUUUUUUGUAAAGUGCAGCAUACUCCCACAUUUGUGUAUAAUCUUAUUGAUCAGAUGUUUAAAAUUAUUUCAAAUACUUCAUUAAAAUAAUUAUUUUAUUAUAA